AUGAACACUUCGAACAAGGAAUUGAAAUCCCAGGAAAAGACAGAACCAGUUCUACAUCAUGACACAAAGGACCUCAAUGCUGAAUCAUCAGAAAUCAUCUCAGAGGCUGUGGCGGCUCCCCCUGGUCUGGUUCAACACUAUGAGGAACCCGAAGCGGCAGCUACGGACGACCACACUGACCACUCCAUAGAGCUUGUUGGUGGCUCACAGACAUUCUUCCCGACGUUUGCGAACCUCUUCGAACCCCGCCAGCAAAAUAACUUUAGACUCGGCUUCAAUAAUCAAGAAGGAGCUUACAGUCAAAGGCCAAAUUCAUACAGAUCUCUUCUAAACUAUCCUCUAUUCGGAGGUUACAACAGAAACGUAGAUAACUUCGGUAAACAGAGCACCCCCACGGCAGCCCCACUCGUUGAAGCGAGCUCCAGUUUGCUCGGCUCAGGGAACUUUGGAAUCAUCAGAGGUGGAACAUUCUUUGCUCAGAACGAUGAAGAUGAAUUUGGCGAUGGAUACAAUUCCUACUACAAUAAUGGUCACGGCAGACCCUCUUACGAACUCGGCUAUAUCGCUAACCCCAGACCGAAUUACAACCAAGACCAAUUUGCUAACUUUAGAGAUUUCGCCGACAUCAAUACUCCUUCUAACUCCGCCUACUCCCACUACGUUGUAGUCUAUGCGAACAAAAACUCGACGAUGGACGAAAUUAGCGAAGAGACAAGGAGAGUGGUAUCCAAGCCUAAGAACAUUAUUGAGACGCUAGAGCGAAUUGACAAAACUACAAGCGCACCAAAGUUAUCGAAAGCCAAAUCAAAAUUGGAAGCGACGAAGCAAAAAAUGUUAAACAAAAAAGAGCAAUGGAAGAAAACUAACUCAAAAUUCGUCAGCCAAAAACAUGAUGCAGAAGAACCUUUAUUAGCGUUAAGUUAAUUUAGUGCAAAUACAAAGACUUGCGUAAUGUAAGUGAUAGAAGUUCCAUUAGUGAAGAGUUUGUGUGACAAGCGCAGUCGCACGCCGAGUGUGAUGAUAGGGAGUUCGCUGUCUAAAUUUAAUUAUAGUUAAUUGUAAGUUUGUGGACAAAUCGUGUAAAUGUUCGGUGCACAUGUGACGGAUGGUUGGAAACGUUUGAUGUAAAUGUAUAAUAAUAAUGACGAAUAAUAAAUUAAUUUUUAAAUAUAAA